CCCGCUUGCAAAGUGGCACGAGGGAUGUCGAACAGCGUUGUUUUGCUCUCCGUAGAUUUUACUCGAUAAUACAAUAGCUUUGCGGCUUGAUAAUUCGCAACUAAUUUGUUGUUAUACAUUUAAUAAUAGGUACGAACAUUAAUAAUAACGUAAUAAUGGCGUUAAAUCCGUCAUACGAAGCCAUCGGCAAGGGCUUCGUGCAACAAUACUACGCGUUAUUUGACGAUCCUGUUCAGAGACCAAAUCUAAUAAAUAUGUACAAUACCGAAUCAUCCUUCAUGACCUUUGAGGGACUACAGAUUCAAGGAGCCAUCAAGAUUAUGGAGAAGUUAACUAGUUUAAGUUUUCAAAAAAUUAAUAGAAUAAUCACAGCAAUUGAUUCUCAACCGAUGUUUGACGGAGGUGUGUUGAUCAAUGUCCUAGGAAGGUUGCAGACUGACGAGGAUCAGCCCCACGCGUACAUCCAGACAUUUGUACUGAAGCCUAUUGGUACCAGCUUUUUCGUGCAGCACGACGUCUUCAGACUCGCGUUGCACGACACUGUCUAGAUGUCUGACACCGAUUGUCCAUCGAUCUUCAUUACCGGGCACAGGCAGACGAAGACCCACCGCAUGCUUUCUCGCAAAUCUUUGUGCUCAAGCCUUUGGGGAACUCUUUCUUCUGUCAGCACGACAUCUUCCGCCUCGGUAUUCAUGACACUGUGUGAGAUCUCUGUCUGCUACUCGAAGCGCUCGUCAAACACAAGUGAGCCACGCUCACAUCCAGCUUUAAGAUAAGUGAGCCAAAUCUUUCAUUUGAAUAUCCUUGGCAUAGCACGAAGCGCUCAUUAUCCCAUAGAUAUCACAGUUUUUAUACAAAGAAUUUCUGCUUAUCUUAUAACGUGGCCACAACAAAAGUUUUAAAAAUAAAUACAGUUCAGCAAUCA